UGGCUAUAUAAAUGGGUGUAAGUGAAUUAUGAUACGAAAUUUCUAUCGAGCAGCAUCGCCGUUAGUUACGUGGGCAAACAGGACCCGCGUGAGACACGCAAUGACCGACGUUUUGACGGAGCAUGUGCCCUUCUCAAGGGAUUUCCUGUUUCGCCAGUUCUUCGAUCCAAUAUCCAGUACGUACACGUAUCUGCUGGCCGAUAUCAACGAUAAGGAAGCGAUUCUGAUCGAUCCGGUCAUCGAAUGGGCCGAUCGUGACAAAACAAUCGUCGAGGAGCUGGGAUUAAAGUUGAAAUACGCACUGAACACGCAUAUGCAUGCGGACCACAUUACCGGGACGGGCCGACUGAAGUCUCUGUUGCCUGGCUGCAAGUCCGUGAUAUCGGGCAGCAGCGGUGCUAAGGCUGAUGUACUUCUGGAGCCGUACGAUCAAGUCCAAUUUGGCAGACAUCAAUUGAGAGUGCUGCCCACCCCAGGUCACACCGAAGGUUGCGUCACGUACGUUUGCGAUGAGCAGGCAAUCGCGUUCACGGGUGAUGCGCUCUUGAUACGGGGAUGCGGCAGAACUGAUUUCCAGGGCGGAUCCGCCGUGACCCUAUACAAAUCCGUUCACGAGAAGAUCUUCAGUCUGCCGCAAAAUUACCGGCUGUAUCCCGCACACGAUUACAACGGCAGAACCGUCACCAGCGUGGCCGAGGAGAAAGCUCUUAAUCCCAGAUUGUCCAAGUCGCUCGAGGAGUUCGUCAAAAUUAUGAACAACCUCAACCUGCCUUAUCCCAAGAUGAUCGAUAAAGCUGUACCGGCCAACCGAGUUUGCGGUCUAUACGAGGUGGAAGAAGAAAAGGGACAAUGAAAAUUAUUGACAGCGUUGCAGCCGAUGCACUAGCCGCACGCUAGUAUUGUAAUUCCGCUCGCUCUAUUAAUAAUACAUGAUCCCGAUAGUUAACGUUCACGUGUAACGUCACGAAUAGCGUGAUUACUCCCAAUUCUAACGUUAUAUCUCGUUAUCGAUAUUAUUAACAUUAAGUGAGGGAUAAUCACUGAACGUCUUGUCAGUUUUAAUCAACGGAAAGUAUUCGAGAGUGAUACAAAGGCAUAUGAUAUUAUGGUAUAUAGUGAUACUUUAAUAUAUGUAUAAUUUACAUACAGCA